AUGGAGAAAAACUUGCUUGAAACUCUCCGGGAUUUCAUUCCUCGAAACUACCAGGCACAGCAGACAAGCAUCUGGCACAAAGUGCCCGUUUCUCGUCGUCUGGCGGUGUUCGUACUUCUUUUUUUGGGUCGAUUAGGCGAACUACGGGUUGUUUUGACCAAAAGAUCCUCAAAACUCCGAAAUUUCCCCGGUCAUAUCUCCCUCCCCGGCGGUAAAGCCGACAAUGGCUUAGAACUGCUGUGGAUGGUGUCUCGGCGGGAAAUGAGUGAAGAAAUCGGAUUAGGCGAGGAUAAUGUAUACCUCAAGGAGAAAUUUGGCGUCAGUAUUGAGCACUUGACCGAGCUCCCCUGCUAUCUCUCACGGACGUUCCUGGCUGUGCGUCCAUGUGUCGGAUUUAUGGACUAUCCACAUGAUCAUACCUCAGAGCAGAAGCUUUUGCACAGCUUAGAGCUCAAAAUUAAUCCUGGAGAAAGCUCCGGCAUCUUUCUGUGUCCGCUCCGGGACUUUCUUCUUGAGAAUUCGGCGUCAGACGAGAGAGAAUGCUUGGAAAGUACGCUGCAUGCCAUCAAAUGGGGUGGAAUUCCCUGGAAUUUGCGGUCGUUUACAUUUCCACAACACAAUCUGCAUGAAGCAGAGUGGUUGAAAGGAUUGGAGGAUCUCAGCGCAUCGGAGGAGGACUUUAGUUCGGAAGAUGAGAAACACAAGUUGCUCCGCGCAGAAGAACGGCAGCUGAAAAAGCGCAAACUCGAACUGUGGGGAAAAUUGGGCAGCCGCCGUGACUCGGUCACCCAACAAAAAAUCUACGACGUCUGGGGCCUAACUGCAAACAUCUUACACGAUCUUGCGGAGUUGAUCUAUAGAAACAAGGAGCUGAAAAACCGUGAGUUGGGUGAGGAGGAAUUGAUCUGGAGUAUCUGGAACUAUGGCGGGCAAAUGCGCGCGAAGGAGCGGUCUGAGGCAGAAUCUCGCUUGAUUCUGUCUGUUCCAGGCGACGGUGUGUCAUUCAGCGAGGUUCUUCCACGCACAGAGUUUAAUCGUUUGAAGCGGUUGUAUAAGAUGUGA